CCCACUGUUUUGAAACGGAAGUAAAAAAUUCAGAUUGUUCGUGUUUUUGUCGUAGUUUCAUUAAAUGUAGCCCUCUUGUUGAUAAUCCGGAUAAUUUCGCCACUUUUGAUUGUCGCGGUGGACUCUGGUCGCACUGUGUGUUCUGCUUUCCCAGCGUUUGAAGCGUUGUUGUAGGUGGGUGUGUGAGCUUGUGGACGGAGCAUGGACAGCGAGAUCCAGCGGGACGGGAGAGUCCUGGACCUCACAGACGAUGCCUGGAGGGAGGACAGACUCCCAUACGAAGAUGUCACCAUUCCUCUGAGUGAACUCCCAGAGGCCGAACAGGACAAUGGAGGAUCCACAGAGUCCGUGAAAGAACAAGAAAUGAAGUGGACGGACCUUGCCCUGCAGAGCCUGCAUGAAAACACGCCGAGCACUGGAAACUAAAAGACUGAAAUGGACUUGCUCAGUACAACAGAACACACAAUGCAUCUACACACAUCGAAACAGCUCAUCUUCUCCCAUUUUAUGACAUCAUAAAUUGCUGAUGCACUUAGGUAUUUCACUCAUUUGUCAAGGCAUAAAUAAAAAAAACAUCUUUUUGCGUUAGUUUUUUUCUUUAGUUUGAAUGAAUGGAAAAAAUGGUACUCGAACAAAAUGAAUAAAAUAGAAUAGAAAUACUUUCUUCAUUCUAGAGGGAAAUUUCUUAC